GUACUGAAAACUGUACGGGAAAUAUAGAUAAAAAUUGUUUAUAGAUAUGUCUAUGGGAAUUGUAAAUGUAUUUUGGUUAUUGUCUUAUUUACACCCAAGUGUCUCUGAUGUAGUAUGCGGAGGAGUCAAUGGACUUGAAUGCUGUAGUGGUUUUACUGGAUAUGUUUGGAACGAAACGGUUCACAAUUGCACUAGGUGUACAUUGGGGUUUUACGGAGAAAACUGUACUUCACCUUGCCUUUUUCCGCAUUAUGGCUAUCGAUGUGGCUUACAGUGCAGCUGUAAUGAAGAUGAAUGCCAUCAUCAAUAUGGUUGUAAAAGAAGUUAUGGAGACUGUGAUCCGGGAGCCUAUGGUCCAUACUGUGAAUUAACAUGUUCAUAUCCAGGAUUUGGAAACGAGUGUCAAAUGACAUGUGAUUGUGACAAGAAUAAAUGUAACCCGACUACAGGAUGUCUAAUUGAUUCGUCAUCAACUGCCGCAGGUCCGUUAGCGAAAACAACAACUAAAGUUUAUCCAUUGGAUACAGUAAAUGAAAAUUUUAAUGCACUAGAUGCAGAAAAUAGCUCUUGUGUUGGAAAGAAGAAUGUCUCCACUAUGAAGGCAGCUUUGGAAUAUGCCAUUAUCGGACUUGGGGUUAUGUGUUGCGUAUUUGUGAUCUUCUACAUAGGACUGAGCGUUGUUUUUAGGAGAUAUAUACCGAAAGUAAAGAAUAGACAAGGACACGAAAGACAAACAAGUCUCUAAAUAGGAAGGGAAACAUUCUUUAGGAAGUUAUGAACGGAACUUCAAGUGCGAAAACUGUUUCCAUUGACAUAUAUUGACGAUAUUUGAUGAAUUUCAGGAUGUGUCGAAAAACGGAAAUUCUUAAAUUGCACGCUACAUGAACUUUACACAUGUUUUUCUGUAUUAACAACUAUAUUUGAAGCGGAAAGUACAUAAAUAUUUCGCAUAUCAAUGCUAGUUUUUUAAGCGUACGUAUCACGGCGACGCUAAUAGUAAGUUAUACAAUCUGACCCAUUCAGCAAGUAAGAAAUUGUUAUAUCAAAAUUAAACUUAGAUAUAAACAUCGAAGUUCAUCCAAAUAAUCUUAAAUGGCAACAUAAAAUUCAUUGCACUAGAGGUUACGCCUGUUCAAAUUUAAUUUGUUAUGUCCAAUCAUGUUCAGGAAAUAUUUUCUCGUACUCAACUUAGACCUCUAACAUUGCAAUUAGACACUUGCAUCCUGACAGCCGGAAAACGAAAACGUGGAAUGCAAUUCAUUAAUGGUAUAGGUUGACGCCAUAUUUUAUAUCUGAACUUCACUGUAGUGUCAUAUACUGCAUAUAAUCACUGAUAUACAAGAGCUGAAAUUUCUUAUUUGCAUAUAUAUAUGAUAAUGCAGUGUAUGCACAUAUACCUAGAUGUCCAAAAUUUUUAUGAAAGUAUGGAUAUGUUAGUAAUAAGUUUUUGAAGGUUUUUUUCCGUGUGUGUUUUAUGCUGAGGAUUAAAUAAUAGUAGGGCAUCAAGUACGAAUACGAUUGGCUAAUACAACACAAUCACCGGUUCUGAAAAAAGGAGUCCUACAAUUGAGGUACAUGUAUUUUAGUUACAUGUAGCUAAAUGACUAAUUAAAAACAACAUUUUAAACAGCCAUUGAUUAAAUAGAGCGUUACAAGGCAAUUUAUAAUACUGGAUUGAAUACUAAGAUUUAAACCUUACGUAGGGUAGCAGCGAGAAAGAGAGUGUGCAUGUGAGGGAAUGUGUGUGUGUGUGUG